AUGGACGCUUUUAUACGGGGGAUGCCGAAGGCUGAACUGCAUGUGCAUGUAGAAGGGACGCUGGAGCCGGAGUUGAGGGUGCGGCUGGCGGAGCGCAAUGGCGUUGAACUGCCUUAUCGGACUGCAGAUGAGCUUGCGGCUUCAUACGCUUAUCAGGACCUGUCCUCGUUUCUCGCGCUUUACUUUUCGGGCAUGGAUGUGCUGCGGACGGAGCAGGACUUCUUCGAGCUUACAUACGCCUACUUGCAGCGGGUUCACGCGCAGAAUGUGGUCUAUACGGAGAUGCACUUCGAUCCGCAGGCGCAUACGAGCAGGGGGAUUGCGUUCGAUACCGUCAUCAGCGGCAUUCGGCGGGCGCAGGAGAUGGCGCAGGAUGAGCUUGGCAUUCGCUCGCAGCUGAUACUGGGGAUACUGCGGGAUAUGAGCGCGGAGUCGGCUAUGGAGGCGCUGGAGCAGUCGCUGGCGUAUCGAGACUGGAUCGUGGGCGUGGGGCUGGACUCGGAUGAGAAGGGCAACCCGCCGGUGAAGUUCCGCGAAGUGUUUGAGCGGGCGCGGGCGGAGGGCUACAAGCUCACGAUGCACUGCGACCAUCUUCAGGAGAACUCGGUGGAGCAUAUACGGCAGUGUCUCGAUGUGAUUGGCGUGGACAGGAUCGACCACGGUUACCAUGUGCUGGACGACGAAGGGCUGAUCGACGAUGUGCGGCGCCGGCAUAUGUGCCUGACAUUCUGCACGACUUCGAAUCCGAGCGAUCCCGCGCCGCGACGUGCUGCGGAGUUAAAGCGGGCGCUGGAACUGGGGCUGAAUGUUACGGUGAACACGGACGACCCGGCGUAUAUGCGGAGCUACUACCUGAGCGAGGUGCUGCUAAAUACGCAGCAGGCUGUGGGACUGUCGAGGGAGCAGGUUGCGGAAUUGGCGCGGAACGCAUUUCGGAGCGCGUGGAUUGGGGAGGGGAGAGGGAGGCGUACGUUGAUGACUUGUAUAUGUCAUAUUAAAGCGUUAUUUCCUAUUUGUUCGACCACCCUCAGGGUAAGAAACUUAGCCUUUCAAGGAUUGCCUAUGAGUUGA